CAGACCAGACCUUUCUGUCAGCAUCAUGCUUGCAUCAUGCACGUAGCUGGGCGUAAAAGGAUUUGCAGCCUUUAAUAUAGAGAAAGGAGAAGAAAACGAAGAGUGUAGUGUUUGAAGAACAGCCAAACAUUUUCAAUCCUAACAAGACCAGUAAUCUGUGAACGAAUAUGGCCAGCCCCCAGACGAGUCUGAAAACCCCUUUCAAAGACCUGACAUCAUUCAAAGGCAACAUGAAGAGGCUUUACAGGGAGCGGCUAGAGGAUGCACCCAUUAAAAAACGGGUAAUGGCAGAGAUGCACUUGAAACGCCACAGUCUGGAGACUGUCCCUAAACCCCCAAAGGUCAAGAAGGAGCGCGAGGAGCACACCAGCUCUGAAAUGGACAUUGAAGCAAGGCAGUUCCAUGUCGUUGGAGCUUCCAAGGCAUUAGACCUUAGCGCCGGGCUCAAGCACACUCUGGCUCAAUUCACUUUAAGCAGCCAGAGCUCCCUGGGAGGUCCUGCUGCUUUCUCAGCAAAAUCUGCUCAAGAGUGUGCCUCUCCUACUGGCAUGGCUCCCCUAUCAUCUCCCCCAGUCCUCGGAGGUGGCCCUCUCUUGGUUCCCUGCGACAGCUCCACAGAGCUUACCCACUCUCUCCUAGAAGGAGAGUCCAUCUCCUGCUUUGUUGUGGGGGGUGAGAAGCGCCUUUGUCUGCCCCAGGUGCUCAAUUCAGUUCUGCGAGAUUUCUCUCUGCAGCAGAUCAACGCUGUGUGUGAUGAACUUUACGUUUACUGCUCCCGCUGUGAUGCCGAACAGCUGCAUAUUCUCAAGGUGCUGGGCAUCCUGCCCUUCAAUGCACCUUCCUGUGGCCUCAUCACCCUGACUGACGCCCAGAGGCUCUGCAACGCCCUGCUCCGCCCAGGUGCUGCCCUCCCGGCUGACCACAACAGCAAACUGCCAGGCCAAGGCCUGCUGAAGGAGAGUGAGGCCAGUUUCCAGGUAGAGCACCAGUGUCUGGGCAAGUGCCAAGGCCUGUUUGUGCCCCAGUUCUACGUCCAGCAAGAUGCCCCCUGUAUACAGUGUAUGGAAUGCCAGCUGCUCUUUUCCCCACAGAACUUUGUAAUGCACUCACACAAGUCCCCUGACAAGAGGACCUGCCACUGGGGCUUCGAUUCAGCCAAGUGGCCCUGCUACCUACAGCUGGGCCGCAAGCAUGAGGGUACUUCAGAGGAGCCACAACUCAAACAGCUGCUGGACGAGAUGAAGGAGAAGUUUCACUACCAGCUAAAGAGGCCUCUGGACAAAAAGGUGGUGGAUGACAACAGUAUUGGGCGGAAAUCCAGCCCUGCCCCCUGCCCUCCCAAUAGCAAGCUGUCUGAUAAUGUCCUGGAGAAAAAGGUUCUGUCCAAGGGCAACUCUCAGUCUUCACUGGUGUUCAAUCGACUGUUUCCUGAUAUCAAAGAGGAACCAGGACACAGCCCCAUCAUCCACCCGAGUUACUAUCUGUACACAUACGAUAAGAUGGUGGCCCCAAACGUGUCUCUGCACAAGGAAGGGGAGGUGAGCCAUCAGGUUCUGGGGGCCCUGCUCAAACAACACUACAGCAGGAGAACACUCGCCAACGACAGCCAGCCCGCCAUAGAUCUUCCCGCAUCUCCUUCCUCCGUCGCAGAGGAGGCCAAAUCCCAACAUGCGGGCGACGCGUAUGAGCGCAGCCAACCUCCUCCGCCAGUCACCAUGGAGACCAGCCCGGGUGGCAAGGAGCAUGCCCCCGAUCCCACGGUGGGCAGUGAUGGUAUGGAGGACAACAAAGACAGGAUCAUGCUGGAGAUUGUUCAGAUGUACCGUCGGCAGCAACAAAAACUCAACUCCACCCUUCAGAAACAGCUGCAGCUGGAGAUGGAGCUGGAGGCAGUGCGCGGAGGCGAAGCGGCCAGGCUGAGGGAGUUGUCUGCAGAGCAGCUGGAGCUGCAGAAUGAGCUGGAGGCUGUGCACACUGAGCAUGCUCAGAGACUGGGGGAGGUGCGGCAGGAGCAGAGGCAGCUGGAACACAGACUGGAGCAGCUCAGGCAGCAGAGCUGUGCCUGCCAACCAAAAGAACAGGAGGCACAAUACAACGUACAGCUCUGUGAGCUGCGCUGCCGUCUCGAGCGUGCUGAGACGGAACGUCAGGAACUGCAAGAGGAGCUGUGCAGAGAGCGGGAGGCCAGAGAAAAGUUGGAGCUCAUGAUCUCGCAGCUUCAACAGCAGAUGGCUCAGUCUGGCACCAAGGGGAGUCGAGGCAGUAGCCCUGCCCAGCCCCCGACCCCCUCCGUCAGCCCCCAAUCCCAGCAUUCCCCCUCCUCUCCGGCCCCUGAGGUAACCUCCAGCUAAACUCCUCCACCGGCCCCCUCCGCUCACACUUCCACGCCUGUAGCCUAGGAACACACUAGCCCACUCCCUGCAGAGUCCCAGACAAACACAAAUCAACCUUCUCCAGAAAAGAGGAGCCCUCCCAUAACUGUUACCCUUCAUGUCUCACCACCACACAAAAGACUGAAUGUUUGUCUUUAAAAUUACUUUUUUUUUUUUUUUUUUUUUUUUUUUGUCGUCUUACCCUCGACCAGUCAUUAAGCAUUUGUUUGGGUGCUCAUGUUUGUUUUAAUUUAUAGUCGCGCUGAGAAGAUAAUGGGACACGGAGGAGGAGGUGCUUGUUUUCAAGACUCUUUGCCUCCUGUGGUGUGGGACAGUGUGCUGCUGACCUCAGAACUGCAGUCGAGGACUUUCCGUCUCCCAGCCCUGUAAAAACGGGCCGACUCCACAGGAAAUGAAGCUGACACUUAUUCUAAUACAACCUGUCACUCUGAACCCUAGGAGGCCCAACGACAAGAGGCCAAUGCCCUGCACUAGCCGCAGCAAGAAACCACUUGGAUGUUUACCUUUUUAUUUGAGUGUUUCAUUACUGCUGAAGAAAAUGGCUCAAUACAAAAACAAAUCUGUAAAACAAGUCAGAAUAUGUUCAUGAAAGUGACUCAAAAACAUACAAGCUGGAAGACACAGCACCCCUUACUAAGGUCCCCUGGUUUAAGCUCAUAAUCCUCCCCCUUUUUUUUUUUUUUUUUUUAACCUCCCUCCCUUCCUCUUGAACUACCCGCAGUUUGUCUUUGCAGUCUGGUGUUGAUUAUAUGUUUCCUGUCUGUACCGCUGACCCUGUACAGGCUGGUAUAUGACAAACAGCUCACUUCAUUCCUAUGAGAUGCUGUAAGCAAAGACUCGCGUUCACCCUCUGCUGGAGAAUAUUCAACGACGGAACAUCUGCAUUUGUGUAAACAGGGUUUCAGGGUACAGUGCAGUUCACCUCACCUUCAUGUUUCUGUUCAAAGGGAUCUCCAAACAUUGGAAGGGUUCCUGUAGCAAAGCGAACUCAUGGACGAAGUUUCUCUAACAUUACAAGACUAAGUUGUUGAAGACCCUGGAUUCUGUGUGCCAUUUAAAUAUGACAUACAUCCAGCUCUGAAUCAAUGCCAUAUGUUGCAACAUAGCACACAGUAGACCUUACAUUCAUUAUUUACUCACCCUCAUGUUGUUCCAAACCUCAUGUUAUUCCAAACCUGUAUGACUUUCUUCCAUGUAGCAUGUUACACAAAAUGACAGCAUCAGUCAUCAUUCACUUUCUUUCUAUGGAACGUGAAUGGUGACUGAAGCUAACAUAUGGCCUAACAUCUUCUUUUGCUUUCCACAGAAGAAAGUCAUACUGGUUUGGAACAACAUGAGGGUGAGCAAAUUUUCUAUUUUGUGAGCUAUCCCUUUAAAUCAGACUCCAAGAACUGCAAUUACAAGACCCACAGUCUUUGAUCUGAAAUGCUGACUUCCAGGUUGAGCGAACAGACUUUUGUUUUGGGUGUUUUGCCUGACUUUUAUUUUUACCCCCCCCUCUUCAUUCCAUGGUGUCAUUAUUCUGGAUGACCGAACAAACAGGUCUGAUAGAGAGAAGGAAAACAGAGAGGAGAGGCCAGAGGAGGGACGUUACAUGUUAGCUCCUAGUCACUGGGGUAGACGGGCUGGCUUUGUCUCUGUAGAAUGGGGCUGCUGCCUUUGAUGCCCAGGGGCCGCAUGCCACUCUGCCAUUCCUGUGCCCACCCAUACAGAGAGUGAAGAUAGAUGGGUAGAAAAAGAGACAGAGUGACAGACAUAGGAAGGGAUGUGUUUUUGCCAGUAGAGCUGUUAUAUAUUUCUUUCUCUUUUUUUUUUUUUUUUUUUGCCUAUGGGCUCAUUGAGUGUGUAAAAAUAAUGGACAGAAUUAUAGUCAAUCAAAAACCUUCUUUCAUGUUGUACAUAAAACAGUUCAUAUAUAACAUUCCACUGUGCACAACUCAUAUAUUUCAGUAUCAGCCAAGCCGCAGCUGUUUUCUGCUAACGUCCACAGUGUCAAACCUCUUGAACGUGAAGAGGAAAAAACACCCUGUCUGAUGUGAAUACAUCCAGCAUUGAAGAAUUGAAAACAAAUUUGUCCGUAAUUAAGGACUAUACUGUAAAUGAGUGCUCUGUUAUUGUUAAACAUUUUCUUGGAAUUAUUCAGAAAUUAUUUAAUGUAUUAUUAACUAAUAAAGAUUUAUAUACACUUUG